AUGAACGUCAUACAACGCCGUUGUUCAGGACUAGAAGUCGCUAUACAUAGGCAUUCAUUAGAAGCAACCCCUAUGGCCGCUUUGAGCCGAGCAAUUGCCGGCAUCAAUGGUUCCACGGUAAUUGUAAAUUUCCCGGGAAGUGUGAAAGCUGUCAAGGAGUGCUGGGUUGUCGUGGAGCCAAUUCUACACCAUGCCGUCGAUCUUCUAAGCCAUUGUGACGAUGGGAGCUUGCAUGCGGCUAUGGCCAAAGAAGCUGAAUCAGCAGCUGGAGACAAGGGGCAGACAGCACCCUGA